UUCAUUUUGUAAUAAAUUGAUAUCUCCAAGCUGAGAAAGGAUUUAAUAGGAUAUGUUCGUCGAUUCAUGCAAAUCUCUAUAAAUCGCAUACGAUAUUAUCGAUGAAGAUACCAAAGCCAUUGACAUCAACGUGAUCAAUUCACAUCCGCGACAACGCAGAGAACUCUCGUCGUAAACUCGUCAUCGAUGUAAAGCUGGCAGAACGUUAUCGAAGAAUACGAACGGCAUGAAGAAUGGCAACCAAUUCUUCAAACACUCGUCAAGGCGUAAGGGCGAUCGCCACGACGACUACCGAUCCGCAGCGGAGCGAAAAACGCGCCGUCGCGGCACGGGGUGCCGCCGGCGCUCUGGCCCUGAGCGUCGUGGCUCUGGUCGUGCAAUCGGCGACCACUGCGACUCCCACCUGGGGAUACUUCACCAAUCCUGACGGUGGAACAGCCGCGGAGAAGGGUUACUUCGGACCAUGGAGACAAUGUAAACUUCUUCUUUAUGGACGUGAGUGGUGCGGCCAAAGUGUCUCCAGGUUCCAACCAGUGUUGGCUGUGUGGGUGGCGGGAUUAGCUGCCGCUGCCGCUUCUGCCCUUUUGGGGAUUCUGGUCGCUUUGGCUGUGCUUCAAUUAGCGAUGGCCUCUUCUGCGAAGCGAGUUGUAAUUUCGUACAGUACUGCCUUAAUAGGCAAAGUCGCUCUUGCUACAUUAGCAACGGCAUUAUCGAUUGUAGCAGCGAGCCUCUUUGCUCUGCAAACAGAUGAUCGAGCUAAUAGUUUUGUCAUCACAAGAGGAGAAGCUUUUUAUAUGCAGUUGGCUGCCAUCGCUUUGAACUUUGGUGUACUAGUUUCUGCCAUUUACGAGGGUAUUUACGCCCGAAGAGGUGGCGAUCCGACUAAGAUUAGGGUUGUCACGGAUCCUCGUGGAGCUACUAUAAAUAAUCCAGGAUAUCGGGAAUAUCAUCAACCCACGAACGGUGGCACGAUCUCGAUGACAGACGCCAGCGGCAAGCCAUAUGUCGGUGGGGCCGGAAAUGGAUCGACGGCUUCGGUAGCGACUUCCAGUAGCGUGACUAGCACAGCCUCGCCCCUUAGGAGUUCUCUGAAGAAGCCCAAACCUCUUGGCAUUCAUAAUCCUGGCUUCUCGGCACACAGCCCGACCUUGUCAAGGAACGGCUCGCAAAAGAAAGUGCGUAUACAGACGCAUUCAACAGAAGUUUAACUUUGACGCUCUUUUGGCACGUGCGCGUUGUCAGCAUGAGCAUUUGCUACGUGAUUGCAGUAUCGUCAUCGUUCAAGGCUGUUACGACAGGAAAUUGAAUGGUGAUGACAAGACAUCUACUCAAAGUAGUUCCAUGUGCAUGUUCCAUUAACGGU